AUGGUGUUUAUUGACUUGGCGAAAGCGUAUGAUAAGGUUCCGAGAGAGGUGCUCUGUAGAUGUCUUGAGGCGAAGGGUGUGCCGGUAGCCUACAUACGAGCGAUCAAGGACAUGUACGAUAGAGCAAGGACUAAGGUCAGGACGGUGGGAGGCGACUCGGAGCAUUUCCCGGUUGUUAUGGGAUUACACCAAGGCUCAGCGCUUAGCCCGUUCUUAUUUGCCUUGGUAAUGGAUGCUUUGACACACCAUAUUCAAGGGGAGGUGCCAUGGUCUAAAACAGAGUACCUGGAAUGCAAGUUUAGCGCUGAGUCGAGGGAUAUAGGCGGGGACGUGAGGCUUGGGUCACAGGUCAUCCCCAAGAGAGAUAGCUUCAAGUACCUUGGGUCGAUGAUUCAGGGGGACAGAGAAAUCGACGAGGACGUCACUCACCGCAUAGGGGCGGGCUGGAUGAAAUGGAGGAUUGCAUCUGGAGUCUUGUAUGACAAGAAACUAGCAAAGGCAGCCAAAUAUUUUGUUAAAUCGACUGAUCCGUAUGUCUAUGCUACUGCAACACUUUUUGUGAAUCAAGCUUUGGAAGAUGAUAAGAAGCACCUUUUGGAAGUAGAUAUAAGCCAACAACAAAAUGGCUUUAUUAGUGGUUAUGUGUAA